AUUGCAAACCUUUCUGCUACCCUUUCGUUCAGCCACUUCGAGUUUCUACAAGAGAAUAAUUCAAUUUCUGUCUGCGACAACCAAUAAUCAGUAUGAGCAGUCUCUUUCUCCAACUAAAGCGUUGGACCCCUGAAGCGUUGCUCGAGAAGAACAAACAGGUUUCUGCAGCCUUUGACGAAGAUCUUAAGGACUGUUACCCAGUUUCCUGCGAUAGCUCUCAAGAAACUUGCGCAUCUGGUUCUAGAAGCAACUAUUCCAUCGCGGUUAAUGACGACGAAGAUGACUGGGUGAACGUCUCAAACCCUUUCCAGGGCGAUUUGAGAUACUCAGACACCAAUGAUCAACCAAGAUCAACGACAAAACCAAUUGAAAACAGAGUGCGACGUGAGAGACGCAUGAGGCAGACAUCCUUUGCAACAAUACCGCCAGGCCGAUUGCAGAAGUCCCAUCAUGUGGGAAGGUGCUUGAUAGGCGUUUCCAAGAAGCUUUACUUUGCACUUGUCAGUCAAUCUGCUUGCUGUGCUAAGAAGCAUGUUGCCCGGAUCUGCCUGGAUGGUUUCCCACUAUCCGGAGACGAAACUAGCGACCCCGACACCCGUCAUUUGAGUCUGUUCCUCUCUUAUAGGCAUACUAAUGGAACGCCUCAGUGGCAUAGUGCCCAAUGCCUACUGCAGAGCAACCAAAACGCCAGCCGCGUACCAGCAGAUCUAUGUACACUUCUGGCGGAAUGCGCGAAUUUUCGACAAGGCUUGAAUAUGACGCUCUGUCAGUUGAUACAUGACGAUACCCCCGUGAUUCAAGGUAGUCGGAACGCAGAUCAGCGGACAACACAACCAGAAAUAGCCCUCGGCCAUUUGAUUGAUCAGAAAAUGCUGGCUAGUGGUGGUCGAAUUCUCUCGGCGAACAAAGCAAUCAUAUAUCUGAAUCUCUCACUGAGUCUUUUGCAUCUGUCAAGCGAGACUUGGAUUGGUAGAAGUUGGUCAGUGGACAAUAUUUACUUCCUCCAUGACCCUCACAAGUCACCGAACAUUCUGCAGCUAGAUCAUCCCUACCUUUCCCGAUCUCUCAACAAAGUCGAAAUCGCUCCUGAUAUUUUCCAGCCUCGAAGUGGUCUGAGAUACGACAGGGUUAGCGUUUUAUCUUUCGUUCGUAUGGUGAUAGAAAUCAUGGAAGGAAAGCGAUUACGGUUGGAAGCUCACAUCAAUGAUUUUGAUUUGCUUCAUGAAAUGGAGAAAGCUGUGGAAAAGAUUCCAAAGGUUGAAAGACUCUUGAGAUAUGCUCUCAAGUCAUGCCUCGAAUUUUGUAGGGAACCAAACCCAGAUUCCGUCAAAGACAAAGACUGGUUGUGGGAACACGUUGUACAACCAUUUGAGGAACUUGUAAACAGCUACAAAAAGGUGCCAUAUCAAGAGAUUGAGUGGUUACCAGAGAGUUGCAAAGGUACGACGCUGUCUCAGCGUUUGCGGAAGACAAAGGAUCAACGUACUGAGCCAAUGCUUCAAUCAUUCUCGAAGGCUCUGAAGGAAAGUCGAGGUGAAACGUUCAAUAGCGAACGGAUUGCAUCGGUAAACAAAUGGUUCUCACGACUCGAGAGAAUUAACGAUGUGCUCGAGAUCAGGUCUCAAAAUGAAACACCGAAGACUGCAAUUGCGGUCAUCGAUACUGGCAUUGACAUGAACGAUCGCAAUGCUGAAGAGAUCUGGGGUUAUAGGGACUUCAUCGAUGGUCACGAUGAGAUAAAAGUAGAUGACACUGGUCACGGCACAGCAAUCAUUGAUUUGAUCUACAGAGUCUACGAGCCGGCGAAGAUCUUUGUGGCAAGAGUAUUGUCAACUGAAGAGAGAAAUGAGACAAUCGAAGGCGAGCGCUUGGUAGCCGAGGCCAUUGAAUGGGCAUUGGAGAUGAAUGUUGACAUCAUUUGUAUUGCCAUGGGAUUUCAAAGUGUGCACGGACUCAAGCUGCAAGAAGCUGUCACUAAGGCAUCAAGUCAGGGGAAACUAGUCUUCGCAGCUGCCGCGAAUGAAAGUCACGCGAAUGGUAUAGCUUACCCGGCUCGAUACAGCUCACAUGUGUUCUGCAUGUUCUCCACCGACGCAGGCCUCAAAAACUCCAGAUCGAUCAACCCAGAAAAGAGAAAAGGAAGCAACAACUUUGCGAUUUUGGGAGAGGAUAUCAAAUUAGCCAGCGGGGAGCUCGGGAAAGGCACAUCCUUCUCCACGGCGAUUGCUUCCGGCUUUGCCGCGAGUCUACUAGACUUUUCACGCCAGUCAGAUCACGUCGAAUAUUUGCCAACGUUUAGAUUCCUUUCGAGACAAUCGGGGAUGAGAGAAGUCUUUUCCAAGAUUUCUAUUCACGAUCUUGGUUUCGAUUGUAUAUGCCCAUGGAAUCUUAUAACAUCAUUACCCGACAGGCAACGAGUAAUAAAUCAGAACGACUGGGAGGAUUUAGGGGAUAAACAACGGAUCAGAGAGUCACUCCGUAGGGAUCUAGUCACAUGGUUACGGCAAUGA